GUGGCGACUUUCGACCAAGAACGAACUCGAAGAGCUCCUUGGACCGCUGGCUAAGUGCUAUGUGGGGGUUUGGCAAAAUACUUACGAACUUCACACUUGACCAAGCUGAAGGAUCCUAUAGCCACUCCGACCACUGCAUCUACAUCACCAAGAUGAAGUUGGCUCCUGGUCACAUUGACUUUGACAAGCUCAACAACCCAGCUCAUCGGAAAGCUUUCCUCCAUUCUCGAGUCAGAGGAGUGCAGUCGUUGAUCGACAACAAGGCCAUCAAGAUCCUUUCACCUGAGGAAAGCAGAAUCCUCAGGCGGGACCACCCAGACUGUGUCUUGCCAAGUCACUAUGUGGACCGUUGGAAGCCUUCAGGAGAUGGGAAGUUCUCUACGCUGCCAGAGCAUUUUGACGAUCCUGGCUUCGAACCUUUGAGCCACCCAG